AUCCUCAGACUGCAAAGGAGAUUUUUGAUUUUGCAAUGAAGGCAAUCAACCCACAGGUUGAUCAGAAGCGAUAUGCAGUACAUCUAGCUGGUUUACAGUUGUUCACCUGGCAUGCUGCUCAGUUUGGUGCCUUGCUCCUGGACAACUAUGUCUCCCUCUUUGAAGCAAUGUGUAAAUGGUGUGGCCACACAAAUCAGGAGCUGAAGAAAGCCAGUCAUUCUGCACUGGAUUCAUUCCUCAAGCAGAUUUCUUUAAUGGUAGCUAAGGAUGCAGAGCUACACAAGAGCAAGUUGCAGUUCUUCAUGGAGCAGUUCUAUGGAAUCAUCAGAAGAAUGGAUUCAAGCAACAAAGAGUUGUCCAUUGCCAUUCGUGGAUAUGGGCUUUUUGCAGCACCCUGUAAAGCUAUACAUUCUAAGGAUGUUGACGACAUGUAUGUUGGGCUUCUUCAGCGUUGUAAGCAAAUGUACCUCACAGAAGCAGAAACAAUAGAUGACCAUCUGUAUCAGCUACCAAGUUUCCUCCAGUCCAUUGCAAGUGUGAUAUUCCAUAUAGAUACAAUUCCUGAAGUAUACACUCCAGUUCUUGAACAUCUAGUUGUGCUGCAGAUCAAUAGCUUUCCACAAUACAGUGAAAAAAUGCAGUUAGUCUGUUGCAGAUCUGUAAUAAAGGUAUUUCUGGCCCUCUCAGGAAAAGGUCCAGUUUUCUGGAAUUUUAUUAGCACUGUGGUGCAUCAGGGAUUAAUCAGAAUCUUCUCCAAGCCAAUCACAUUUUCAAAGGCUUUUUUUGGAAAAGAAACUUCUGAAUCAGAAGAAUCCAGUGAAGCUGAAGAGGUUGGGACAGGGAGAUGGAAAGUACCAACCUAUAAGGACUAUCUGUAUCUCUUCAGAAAUCUACUGAACUGUGACACAAUGAAGGAAUGUGUUUUUGAAGAUGAAAACUUUCUUACUGCAAAUUCAUCACUGCAGUCCCUGAAUCGCUUGCUAUAUGAUGAACUUAUUAAAUCUAUUUUGAAGAUUAUUGAGAAAUUGGACCUCACUGUUCAGAAACUGGAUGUUAAUGAACAGGAUGAAAAUGAACCUGACAGUGCUUUGCUUGGGCCUUCUUCUGACCCUGCUUCAAACCUUCAGCCAACAAAGCCAACAGACUUUAUUGCCUUUAUAAAUCUAGUGGAAUUCUGCAGAGAGAUACUUCCAGAGAAGCAUGUUGAAUACUUUAACCCUUGGGUAUAUUCCUUUGGUUAUGAGCUUAUUAUAUAUUCAACGAGACUACCUCUUAUUAGUGGGUUCUACAAGCUGCUUUCUGUUACAAUGAAAAUUGCCAAGAAAAUAAAAUACUUUGAGGGCGUCAGUCCAAGUAGUCUCAGAAAAUGCCCUGAAGACCCAGAAAAGAGGUCUUGCUUUGCACUGUUUGUAAAGUUUGCAAAAGAGGUUGCAGCAAAAAUGAAACAGUAUAAGGAUGAAUUGUUGGCAUCCUGUCUGAAUUUUUUGCUGUCUUUACCACAUGACAUCAUCAUGCUUGAUAUCAAAGCAUAUAUUCCUGCACUGCAGAAUGCAUUUAAGCUGGGCCUUAGCUGUACUCCAAUGGCUGAUCUGGGACUGGAUGCUUUGGAAGACUGGUCAGCUCACAUCCCCAGGCAUAUAAUGCAACCUUACUACAAGGAUAUUCUGCCUCUUCUUGAUGGUUAUUUGAAAAACUCUACAUCUACAGUUGAAUCCCAGAAUAACUGGGAAGUAAGGAAACUUUCUCGAGCAGCCCAGAAGGGAUUUAAUAAAGUUGUGAUACAGCGUUUAAGAAAAGCAAAGACUUUUUCAUUGGAUGAGAGUCCCUCCUUGGAAGCAGUAAGGAUUAGAGUGGCACGCCUUCUUGGAUCUUUGGGAGGACAGGUCAACCACAACUUAAUUACAGCUAACUCUGCAGAAGAGAUGAUGAAGAAAUGCGUAUCCUGGGACACUGAGAAGCGUCUGAGCUUUGCUGUACCAUUUGCAGAUAUGAAGCCUGUCAUCUACUUGGAUGUAUUCUUGCCUCGUGUGACUGAACUGGCUCUUUCUGCAAGUGACAGGCAAACAAAAGUUGCAGCUUGUGAGCUGCUGCAUAGCAUAGUCACAUAUAUGUUGGGGAAAGCAUCUCAGAUGCCAGAAGGACGUCAGGGUCCCCCACCCUUGUAUCAGCUACAUAAGCGAGUAUUUCCAGUACUACUUCGUCUUGCUUGUGAUGUAGACCAGGUAACAAGACAAUUGUACGAGCCUUUAGUCAUGCAACUCAUUCACUGGUUUACCAACAACAAAAAAUUUGAGAGUCAAGAUACAGUGGCGUUCCUGGAAGCUAUCUUGAGUGGCAUAGUGGAUCCAGUGGACAGCACUUUGAGAGAUUUCUGUGGUCAGUGCAUACGAGAAUUUUUGAAAUGGUCUAUUAAGCAGACAACACCGAGACAGCAGGAGAAAAGCCCAGCAAACACCAAGUCGGUGUUUAAACGGUUGUAUAGUCUUGCUCUUCAUCCCAGUGCUUUCAAGAGACUGGGUGCAGCACUUGCCUUUAACAGCAUCUACAGAGAAUUUAGGGAAGAAAAUUCUCUGGUGGAGCAGUUUGUUUUUGAAGCAUUGGUUGUAUUUCUGGAAAGUCUGGCCUUAACCCAUACAGAUGAGAAAACAUUAGGUACCACUCAACAAUGUUGUGAUACUAUUAAUCACCUGAAGCGCAUAAUCAAGCAUAAAGCACCUUCUCUGAACAAGGAAGGAAAACGACGAAUACCACGAGGAUUUCCAGCUACUAAGUCAAUGUGUCUUCUGGACCUUGUCAUGUGGCUGUUAGCACAAUGUGGACGACCUCAGACAGAGUGCCGACACAAAGCCAUGGAGCUCUUCUAUGAAUUUGUUCCUUUAUUACCAGGAAACAAGUCUCCAUCUUCUUGGCUGGCUGAUGUUCUAAAAAACCAAGAUAUUUCUUUCCUCAUUAACAAAUUUGAAGGAGGUGGCAGCGAUGCCAAAAGUCCAUCUGGGAUCCUUUCUCAGCCAACUCUCCAUGGUAUGCAGGAGCCCUUCAGUUUACAGACUGUCAUGCGGUGGAUGGAUAUGUUCUUAGCAGCACUGGACUGCUACAAUACAUUCUUUGAGCUGCGAAUGAUCAAACCUCAUGAAAUACUAGGUGUAAAUGAAAGAUCCUCAUUCUUGGAAGCUGUGCAGUUCUUCCUUGAAACUAUUGCUUUACAUGAUAUCCACGCAGCAGAGCAGUGCUUUGAUUGCAGUUCAAAAGGCAGCAUGUUCAGUCCACAAGAGAGAGAUCUGUAUAAUUACAGCAAGUGUACAAUUAUAGUCCGAAUCAUGGAGUUUGUCACCAUGAUUCUGGAAACGUGCCAGCAGGAUUUCUGGAAGCUACUUGAGAAGGAAUUGCUUAAUGCAAGCUUUAUAGAGCUUCUGGUGAUGACAGUGUGUGAUCCAUCACACGUAGGCUUUAACACUGCUGACGUGCAAGUCAUGAAAAAUCUCCCAGAUAUCUCAGUAAGACUCAUGAAAGCUUUGAUGAAAUCUCCCUAUAAAGAAUCUUUGACACUGUGCAUAAAAAAGAGAAUCACGCCACAGAACCUCGAGGACCUUUGUUCUGUUGAUCUGUUUAAUUCAGAUGCACGUUUUGAUCAAGUUAGGCUUAGUGCUGUCCUUUCUGCCUGCAAGCAACUCCAGAAAUCUGGCCUGCUUCAUUCUGUUCUUCACAAUCAGGAUGAAAGGCCUCAUUUCUCGGUUGGCUCUAAACUCCUUUCAGUUGUUUAUAAAGGUAUUGCACCUGGGGGUGAAAGGAUAUCUCUUCCAUCGUUGGACAUCAGCAGUAAGCAAUUAGCUGAUAGACUCCUGCAGCUAGCAUUUGCUAUUGAUGACCAGUGUGAGGAGCUAGUAAGUCUGCUGUUGAACACAGUGGUGUUAUCUGUGCCAAUAUCAGGAGCAUCACAGAAGAACCUGAUCAACUUCUGUCAUGGACAGUAUUUCUACAGCCUGUUCUCAGAAACCAUCAAUCAACAGCUGCUGAAAAACCUGGAUGUGAUCAUAGUCCAGCUUAUGGAAUCAUCUGUCAGCAAUCCCCAAAUGGUUGGCAGCAUUUUGAACGGCAUGUUAGAUCAGAGUUUUAGGGAGCGUACUGUACACAAGCAGCAAGGAGUGAAACUGGUCACAGCUGUACUAAGAAACUGGGAGAAACUGGACAGCUGGUGGGCCAAAGGUUCAGCUCCUGAAAGCAAAAUGGCAGUCUUGACCUUGCUGGCAAAAGUUCUGCAGAUAGACUCUUCAGUUUCUUUCAAUACCAAUCAUGAAGCCUUUACAGCUGUUUUUAAUACCUAUACCAGUCUACUCAUUGAUCAGAAUUUAGGCUUAAAUCUUAAGGGCCAAGCAGUGAUAAUUCUCCCCUUCUUCACUAAUUUGACUGGAGAAAAACUUAAUGACCUUAAGAAUGCUCUUGAUGAACUGGUAGCUUUCAAUUUUCCCAUGAGGUCUGAUGAGUUUCCCAAAGGAACUUUGAAGCACAAUAAUUAUGUAGACUGCACUAAGAAGUUUUUAGAUGCAUUAGAAUUGUCUCAGAGUCCGAUGUUGUUGCAGUUGAUGACCGAAGUUCUCUGUAGGGACCACAGACACUUCAUGGAGGACUUAUUUCAAGCCAGCUUCAAAAGAAUUUCGAGAAGGAGCACCACUGACAAACAAGUGAUACUGUUGGACACUGUUCACAAAAUGUUCCAGAGUGAAGUCCUCCUUUCAAAUGCUACUCGUCAAGCAUUUAUGGAUCGCUCCCUCCUGACCCUCUUGUGGCACUGCAGCUUGGAUGCACUGAGAGAAUUCUUUGGCAAGAUUAUAGUACAGGCUAUGGAUACCCUUAACUCCAGGUUUACAAAGUCCAAUGAAUACACUUUUGAUACACAAGUUACCAAAAAAAUGGGGUAUUACAAGCUGCUAGAAGUGAUGUAUGUGCGUCUUUCAAAAGAGGAUGUUUACUCCAAGGACUCUAAAAUUAACCAGGCUUACCGUGGCUCCAUGAGUGUAGAAGGAAAUGAACUUACCAAGACGCUAAUAAAGUCGUGCUAUGAUGCAUUUACAGAAAACAUGGCAGGAGAGAGUCAGCUGUUGGAGAAGAGGAGACAGUAUCACUGUGCAGCAUAUAAUUGUGCUAUUGCUGUUAUCAGUUGUGUCUUCACUGAAAGUAAAUUUUAUCAAGGCUUUCUUUUUACAGAAAAAUCAGAAAAGAACUUGCUGAUUUUUGAAAAUUUGAUAGACCUGAAGCGUCAGUAUACAUUUCCUGUAGAAAUUGAGGUGCCUCUGGAAAGGAAGAAGCGGUACAUUGCUAUUAGAAAGGAGGCCAGGGAUGCAGGGAAUAGCGAUCAGGGUGAACCCAAGUAUUUAGCUUCUGCAUCAUACAUGAUGGAUAGCAGUUUGAGUGAGGAAAUGAGUCAGUUUGAUUUUUCUACUGGAGUCCAAGGUUUUUCUUAUAGCUCCCAAGAUGUUACAGCUAGCAGCACUCGUUUCAGAAGAAAGGAGCCCACAGAAUACAUGGUUUUAAAUGAUGAAAUGGAACUGGAAAUGGACGAACUCAACCAACAUGAAUGUAUGGUUUCUAUGACCACUCUGAUUAAACAUAUGCAGAGGAACCAGAUCACACCCAAAGUGGAGGAGGGGACGGUUCCAGUAGAUCUUCCUCUUUGGAUGAAAUUUCUGCAUGGCAAAUUAGGAAACCCAUCAGUACCACUAAAUAUUCGCCUGUUUAUAGCAAAACUUAUUGUUAAUACUGAGGAUGUUUUUCGACCUUAUGCAAAGCAGUGGCUUGGUCCAUUGCUGCAGCUUGUUGUUUCUGGGAAUAAUGGAGGUGAAGGGAUUCAUUACAUGGUAGUGGAAAUAGUAGUUACUAUCCUUUCAUGGACAAGUGUAACCACUCCCAAAGGGAAUAUUAAGGAUGAGAUUUUAGCUAACAGAUUGCUUGAAUUCUUGAUGAAGAAUGCCUUUCACCAAAAAAGAGCUGUGUUCAGACACAAUCUGGAAAUCAUAAAGACAGUUAUAGAGUGUUGGAAGAACUGUCUCUCCAUACCUUACAGUUUAAUAUUUGAAAAGUUUUCUAGUGGAGACCCUGAUACAAAGGACAACUCAGUGGGAAUUCAGCUGCUAGGGAUUGUUCUUGCUAACAAUUUACCUCCCUUUGACCCAAAGUGUGAAGUAGAUCGUGUCAGGUAUUUUCAGGCUUUGACCAGCAACAUGGGCUUAUUAAAGUAUAAAGAAGUUUAUGCAGCUGCAGCAGAAGUGUUGGGACUUGCUCUUCGAUACAUUGCUGAGAGAGAAAAUGUACUUGAAGAUCCAGUUUAUGAUUGUGUCGUAAGACAAUUAAAACAUCAUCAGAACACCCAACAGGAUAAGUUUAUUCAAUGCUUGAAUAAAGUUGUUAAGAAUUUUCCACCUCUUGCUGACAGGUUUAUGAACGCGGUAUUCUUUUUGAUACCCAAACUUCAUGGUGUGAUGAAAACCUACUGUCUGGAAGUAAUCAUGUGCCGGGUGGAAGAAAUACCUGAUCUCCACUUGCAUUUAAAGAGUAAAGACUUUAUCCAGAUCAUGAAUCACAGGGAUGAUGAAAGGCAAAGGGUUUGUUUGGAUAUAGUGUACAAGAUGCUAUCUAAACUAAAACCACUAGAACUUAAAGAACUUCUUCCUGGAGUGACAGGGUUCAUUUCUCACCCUUCUGUAAUAUGUCGACAGCGCAUGUAUGAUAUUCUGAUGUGGAUUUAUGAUAAUUACAGUGAUCCAGAAAGUCAAGCAGAUGGUGAUUCUCAGGAAAUACUCAAACUGGCAAAAGAAAUGCUGCUUCAAGGUCUAAUUGAUGAGAAUGCUGAACUGCAGUUAAUUGUUAGGAAUUUUUGGAGUGAUGAGACAAGGUUACCUACAAACAUUCUUGAUCGCAUGCUGUCGCUGUUAAAUUCUUUAUAUUCCCCCAAGAUUGAAACACAGUACUUAAGUCUAAUCACAAAUUUUCUGCUUGAAAUGACCAGCAAGAGCCCAGAUUAUUCCAGAAAAAUAUUUGAACAUCCACUGUCUGAAUGCAAAUUUCAGGACUUUGUAAUUGAUUCCAGCUGGCGUUACCGAAGUACCAUGCUUACACCAAUGUUUGUGGAGACUCAAGCUUCUCAGAGUAUCCACAGGAAUUUAUCACAAGAAAGAUCCCUUUCUGCAUCUGGGUCAGUCAGUGGUCGAGUGAGGGCUACCCAACGGCAAUAUGAAUUCACACCUACACAGCAUGUCAGUGGUAGAAGUUCUUUUAAUUGGCUAACUGGAAGUAGCAUUGACACGUUGGCAGAGUAUACACUUCCUUCAUCCUCUGAAUCCUUGUCUUCAUCCAUGCUGUUGGUUAACAAACGGAGUGAAAAAAUUAAACAAGCAACCUUUAAACCAGUGGGGCUGGAUUUCGGGAAAAAAAAGCUGGGUUUGCCUGGAGAUGAGGUGGACAGCAAAACUAAAGGUAUAGAAGAACGAGCAGAAAUUCUAAGACUGCGGAGGCGUUUCUUGAAGGACCAAGAGAAACUCAGUCUAAUUUAUGCUAGAAAAGGUGUGGCUGAAUGGAAAAGAGAAAAG